CUCCCUUUCUUUCUUUCAUUCAGAAAGAAAUCACAGAAACUCAGACGAAAAACCCUAGCCCUGUAAGCCUACACCACCGCCGCGAGGAGUGGCAUACUGCACCGUCCGUCUAUCUAGCUUCCCUCGUGCUCCAAGUCUUCAACCCCUGUUCGCUGUCACCGAUCGCAGCUGCUUCCUCGAGCUCGGCGUCCGUCGUCUUUGUCUACUCAGCCGCAUUUCCGCCUCGCCGUUCACCGUUCGAGUUCGCAUUCGCGUUCGUCUGGAAGCCACGUUGCUCUGCUUCAAACUCUGCGACCAACCCGCGCGCUCCACCUAGCCGUCGAGCUGCUCCUUUUGUCGCCGCCGUGAGUUCCCUAAACCCGCCACCAGACAAUACACCACAACACUAAUACUCUCCUUCAAACUCUGCAACUUCUGAUUUCUAUUACAAUAAGAAAUUCUUUGAUGUAUAUAAGAAUUAAGAAGGAAGACUAUUUCAACUGUAUUACUCUGUUGAUUCUGGCCUGCUACAAGCUUGAACAUAGAAUUGAAGAGAGAAACCCUUUAUUAUUUCAUCAUUGGCCUAUUUUUGGUAUUGCAUAUUAUUGUAGUUUGUUUAUUCAUAGAACUAGUUGUUUAUGAUCCCCUUUUUAAGUAAAAAAAUGCAGCAGAAGAGUGUUUAGAACCAGUUGCUUUAUUCAUUGAAUUUUUAUAGAAUCAGGUGUUUAUUAUAAAACGGUUUUUUUGGUUGAACUACGAUUGAACCGGUUGAACCAGUGAACCAGUAAUUAGAGCUGUUCGAUGACCGGUCCGGUUUUUAGAACCUCGGUAAUUUGUUCUAUUUAUUGACCACAAGUCAAAGAGGAGAAGAAGGAACAAUGGAGGGUGUUGAUUGCAUUAAAAAUAAGGUGUCGAGUGCCGAUUAUGAUAGGGGUUUUUAAUGAAAUUAAAUGGAAGUGGGGGUCUCAAUGAAAAGUGGGAAUAUGAUAUAGAGGAUAGGAGACUGAGAAGCUGUACCAAUAAUGGUUGAGAUGUUGAUUAUGUUUGGGGUUUUAUGCCAUAUGAUUUCGAGCUCAUAUAUCAUAGUUUCUGGGAGAUGUAGCAUAUCUUGAUGUUGAUGUGUUUUGUAAGUCUGCGUAGUUUUGUGUUCUAUUUUGUGGAAUUGAUCUUGGAUAACAAUAAGAUUUUGGGUGCUGGUUUUGUUUUUGUUCUGCUGUGAUGAUAUUGUUUCGGAUGUAUGAUUGCCUAAGAACUCACCUUCCCAUGUUGGAUCAUUUACGAGCGUUUGAAGUAUAUAAAAGAAAUCAAUGAGAAAUUUUUACUAUGAGUGUGACUUAAAAUUUUUCUAGAGGAAUGUUCAUGUAAAAAAAAAAAAUCAUAAUUUCAGCCUUUGCAUUAUAAACUUCAAUUUUAGGGGGUUUUUUUUUCUUGAUUAAUCUGUGGACAACUAAUUAUUUAAGUGAGACUAGGUCAAUCGGUUCAACCAAUGACCCAUCAGUUGAACCGAUAAUUUAGUGACCCAAUAGUCUGAUCGGUUCGAUUCUGAUAACUAUGCAUGGCCACCAACAAACCCUUAACAUCAUUCUUUUCUGCAUGAGCAUCUUCCUUCUCAACAUCAUUCCUUUUUCUCUGUCUUCAGGACCCCGUCUUGAUUCUUGAUGACCAAAUUUAGUGAUGAAUCGGGAGGCGCGAGACCUGGCAGUUCGAAUAAGCAGAGCUCUCAUGCUCUCCGCUGCCGCCACCACCUAUCGCCUCCUCUCGUCUCCGCUGUCAUCAACCCCUUCCUUCUCCGCCACCACUCCCUCGCAUUGGGCUUCUUCAAUUGGGCCUCUAACCAGCCCAACUUCGCCCACACUCCCUCCACCUUCCACUCUCUCCUCUCCUCCCUCUCCAACUCCCACUCCCAACACCACCAAAACUCCGUCCUUUCGCUCCUCAACCAAGCCAAAGCCCUUAACUUCCCCCUCCAUAGCUCCAUUCUCCGCUCCGCCAUUUCCUCUCUUCUUGCAACGAACAAGAUUCAUAAUGCAUUCUCUAUGUUUAGGGAAUUUUCUACUCUUGCCAACGAAUUGGGUGGCGCCACAUGUAAUAGGUUACUGGCUGCACUUGCUUCUGCUGGGUACUUGGACAGUGCGUACAAGGUGUUUGAUGAAAUGACUGUUAGGGGUGCCCCUUUGAGUACCAUGGGUUUUGGGGUGUUUGUGUGGAGGGUUUGUGAAGAGGGUUGUUUAGAUAGAGUUUUAGCUGUUUUGGAUAAGGUUAAGGAUUGCUGUUUGGGGAUUAAUGGGUCGGUUGUGGCAGUUUUGGUUGUUCAUGGGUUGUGUCGUGCCGGCAGGGUGUCCGAGGCCUUAGGGAUGUUAGGUGAGCUGAGGGGCAAGGGAUGGAAACCUGACUUCAUUGCUUAUUGGGUUGUUGCCUCGGCACUGCGAAGAAUGCGAGAUGUGGCUGAGGAAGUGAAGGUUUUGAAGAUGAAGAGGAAGUUAGGGGUGGCACCGAGGAUUGGUGAUUACAAGGACUUGAUACUUGAAUUGGUUUCUGAGGGGCGGAUUAAUGUGGUGAAAGAACUCGGGGAGAUCAUUGUUGGUGCUAAUUUUCCCAUUGAUGAUGAUCUUCUCAAUGCCUUAAUUGGAUCAGUUUCGAGUAUUGAUGCUGAAGCUACAAUUAUCUUUUUUGAGUUCAUGAUUCGUAAAGGGAGGUUUCCUACCAUUUUGACUAUUAGCAAUUUGAGUAGAAAUCUGUUUAGGCAUGGGAAGGUAGAUGAGAUGUUAGAGGUGCUCCGAGUUCUGGAUUCUCAUAACUACUUCAAAGAUGUGGAGGGUUACAAUGUGAUGGUGUCGUUCUUGUGCGAAGCUGGAAGAGUGAAAGAGGGCUACGCUGUUCUCCAAAAGAUGAAGAAGAAACGGAUCAUUCCUAAUGUGUCAUCUUAUAAUUAUGUGAUGGAAGCGUGUUGCAAGGAGGAUCUGCUGCGCCCAGCAAGGAAGCUUUGGGAUGAGAUGUUUUCAUGUGGAUGUUCUGGGAACUUGAAGACCUACAAUAUUCUGAUAAAGAAGUUCUCUGAAGUGGGACAAACUGAAGAGGGUUACAAGCUCUUUCAGCACAUGUUGGACAAAGGGUUAACACCUGAUCACACAAGUUACACCUCUCUUCUUGAAGGGCUUUGUUAUGAGGACAAACUUGAAGCAGCUUUUGAGCUCUAUAACAAGCAUGUAAAACAGGACAUUAUCCUUGCAAGAGAUAUAGUAAGCUCAUUUGUAUCAUCACUAUGCAAGAAAGGUUAUCUUAUGGAUGCUUCCAAACUACUUUGCAGCCUCAAUAAUGAUAUAGGAAACACAGAGGCCCAUGUAGUUUUGCUGAAAUGUUCGGCUGAGGCAAAAGAAAUUCCAAUAGCCAUUGAGCACCUGAAGUGGGUUCAGCAAAAGUCACCUUUAAUGUUGCAAGAUAUAUGUGCUGGACUUUUAGCUUUUAUUUCUUCUGCUACAUUUCCGGAGCCAAUAUUACAGUUACUGCAAAAAAUACAAGACUUUAAUUUCCCAAAUAAAGGACAUCUUGAAGGAUGUGUACAUAGAUGAUUAUGGUGGUUGAAUUCUGGGAUUACAGCAACCUUGUUUGGAAAGAAAUUUUAACUAGCUAGAGGUAGGUUGAGAGCACA